UAACUCUCACUUGGAAUAGCAGAUUUUGCAUUACUUAUCAUUUGUGCACAUUGAUCUACUAUUCUUUUCUAAAAGCUUCUUAGUACUACUGCCUUAUUGAACGAACCUAUCAAGACACCAGCAGCACUACAGAAACGCAUUCUUUAACCAUGCAGUUCUCUAAAAUUACUAUCGCUCUCGCCUCUGCCGUCAUGUACGCUGCUGCUGUCAGCGCGGCUUGCGAACAGAUCAAGUGCGACGGAACAUGCGGCCAAGGCGGUGCUAAGGCAAACUUUUGCGGUUCUAUUCAAUGCAACGAUCUAAGCAAGGGCACAAUCACAUGCUGCGACAAUGUGCGGUGUGAUCAGUAGAGUUGUUCAAUUGGAGGUCAUAACACACACGAAGGGCGCUACAGAGACCCUCAGAGAUAGGAUUUAUCGGCUGGAUCGGCCGGCUGCUCGGCGGCAGCGAAGGGCCUGCCUCGGGCUUCUCAUCCCGGGCAGUGGGCUUCGUAGGGGCCGAGGGCUUAGUCGGACGGCAUGGCGCAGCCAAAGCGCACGAGAAUGGGUACGCAGAUAACACACUCAAUAUACGCACAAUUGACC